CGCAGGAAAGUUUUAGUUCAGACCUCUGGUGUCGAAUAUUUUUUUUAUUAACUGCUUCAUGCAAGUGUUUAUGUUGCUAGCUAAACAAGUCAAGUGUGCGAACACAGAAUGUAUAGAUGUUAUUAUUUGUGAAUGACGGGGAUCUGGGCUUGGUCGGGUGUCUGUAGUAUAUCUCUCCCUUCCGACUCAUUGAAGAAUAACUCUUUGUCUAAUCUGAGUGCAGGUUACCUGGACUGCAGCAAUGCAACAAAACACCUGGAGAGAAGAAACCAUUGGUCACACUGGACAGACGAGAUCAUAGCAUCCUAUACAGAGGAAGACCUUGCUGCAGACCUGAGGUCAACUACACCUAAGAAAUGUUGUGUUAAGGAAACGCAUAUGCAGGUGGAUCCCACUCCAAUGAAUGUAGGGGAUGGAGGCACGGUGAGCCGAGAGAUCGGUGCUCCCAUUAAAGUGUCUGCGAGCAUGGUGGGGAAUCCCCCUCAGACGCUGCCCCCUGAGCUCAGAGGAGAUGUGCCCAUCAGUCAGUCAAAUAAGACCACCACAGCAACAGACUGUAAAACGCAGAUCAACGUCUGUUCAGACCCUAGCAACUUCAACCAUUGCCCAGUUGUCCAUCCCCCGCAAGAACACAACAAUGCUCCAACGUCAGGCCCUCCCCUCAUUAGCUCUGACAAGAGAGCCGACAAGAAGAGAUCAGAGGUCCCUAAACCCAAGGCUGAUGGUGCUGGGGUCGUUCCCACACAUCAGUGGCCGUGUGGUACAAAGAACAGCCCUGAGGACCUAGUUAACCCAAGUCACAGCAGUGUGAUGUCCAAUAAGAAACCACAUACUCAGACCCAGCCAGUGAUUGGUCUUCAAGCUGGUUUUCAGUGCUCAACACUAUUUAAACCAGGCCAGCAUGUUGCUUUUCUUCCCUCCACUAACUUUUCAUCCCCACUCUGCAAAAUCACUCUUCCACCCGCUUUGGGUCAGAUCGCAGCAUUGCGAGAAGCCACAGGCAGCCAGUUUCAGAAGGGGAGUCAACCACAAAGCACAGCUGCUGGCGUGGCACCACUGCUGCGGACCUAUCCAUAUCACUUCUCAGUGGGUCGAAGUCCAGCGCUUGAAAAGAAAACACCCACCGCAACACACAAACUCAAAUGUAAGUCGACGUCCAGUAGCAAGAGCUCCACAGCUGGAGGGGAGCAGAAAUCCUCCAUCGCCUCAGUGGUGGCUUCUCCCACUAUCACUCUCCCAGCAUUAGGCUCUGCCCCACCAACCCGCUUCACAUUGUCUCCCACCGCUGCCAUCUGCUGUGGCCCUUCACUGGCCAGCAUCACCACUCAGGGCAGGCUGCUGAACCAUGUGGAGAAAGGCCCUUCGCACCGCAGUGCAGACAAGACAUCUGUAGGCUUUCUAAAACUGAAGGCUUCGUCUGCUGCUAAGGACCAUGCGGUCACUUGCCCGACUGAAGCAAGGGACGUGCCCCUCGACCUGUCCGCCAAGUCGAAGAGGCCAAAAGCGGUCAAAGACCCUCCAAACACAGUUGCCACCACAGAGCAUCUCCAUAACGAGGCAUGUCAGAAAGGUGCCCUCCAUCCAAAGAGGCCAUACCCAAUCCUACCCGACACCCACAGAAAUGGGGCUUAUCAGAAGCAGAGCAGCAGGCCCCUAAAUCACCAGGGUUUGGAACCCAAAUCAUCCUGGGUCAAAGGUUGCUCUCAAGGCCCUAUUAAUAACCUCCCAGGAACCUAUGUAGGUGUGGCCAGCCCCAUACUUGCUUCCACCCUACGUAGCAAAGAUGGGAAGGGGUCCUUUGAGGACGAGUUCCAGACUUUCGCUAGACAAGAGACUAUCUCUAUCAUUGACCAAGGGGAACACCUGGCCACAAGGGGAAAGAAGGCAUUGUUCAUGACGAAGAGCAACCAGCACGUUCAUGGUAUCAAGCACCCUAACAGUACCAGCCCAGCUGUAACAGAAAGCUGUCCCUUUAAGGGGGCUUUUUCCACAGCUCUGCCCGGCUCUACCAACUCACACUCUUAUCAGAAAUCUGCAAGUGUCAAAGCAGCAAUCCCAUACUCCCUCACUGUCGUCAAGCCAUUAUGGCAGCAACCACCACUUCUUCCUUACCAAGGUGCUUCUGUUCAGAGAAAGAUCAGUCAAGGGACUCCCAAAGUCAAGGGGGCCACAGGUUCAGAAGGUCCCAAAUUUCAGAGUGCCCAUCAAAGCCUGUCCAGAAUGUCCCCGCUGUCCAACCUUGAGUCCAUAGUGAAGCAAAAAGCUCUAGAGAACACUGCAUUGACUGGCGAGGGAUACUGCCAUCUAUCGCCUAUGGCAUCCAGAAAGGCUGUGGUGAGCUCCCACACAGUGGGCCAGGACACAUUGUUCCGUCAGACUGCUGCCUUUGGAUGUCCACCUAUCAGAUCCGUGGAGAACAAAGAGACACUUUCCUCUAAAGGGUAUUCCACGCAAGUUAUGAACAAACUUGAGAAAACGGGUGUCUCUGAGUGCAGAGAAAAGAGCUCUGAGAAACAUGUUAAACUGGGGGAGCAGGCAGGUGGAAAAGAGAUACAGGUCUUUGGAAGUAGUGGUUCAGCUAACAGAAACAGGAUGGACAGCAAAUUAGCCCAGGAGUUGGAGGGAGGAACGGUGAAGGAGGAGAAUAUGGCCCCUGCUGGUCUCGAUCCCCGUGCUAAAUUGGAGGGGAUUGCCCUAUCCAUCCUCACUGGCCAGUGUGCAGGGUUAGCCGAGGUGGAGAAGAAGACCAAUGGAACUAAAGAGGAGUCUCCCACCAAACCAAAAGCUGCCUUCACCAAACAGAAGAAGUCCCCUAGUCCAAGGAAGCCGGAAAAGGAGAAGUCAUCACUGGACCCUUCAAAGAAGGUUGUAGUGCCAGUGAAGAAAAAGCCAGGCCAAGAGACCACUCCAGUUAAGAAAGAACCACGUCCCAAAAAGAAGAAGCCAUGUGCACCUGUACUGGAGCACAGUCUGUCGCUGGCUGAACCAUCCCCACACAGGGAGGAGGGAGAGAACACUAGCAGGGAGAAGAGCAGCCCCACUGAUAACAAGCAGAGUGCUCACAACAAACCAGUAGGUUUUGAAGUAGGUUUCACAGGUAAUGCGAGCAGUCCUCUCCCCAGUCCCCAGUGCUCUGAGACCCCAGUCUCCUUCAGCAGCCCUGGAAGACCCAAUAAGGAGCCAGCGUGCUCAGAGAGCUCCACCCCCAGGCUGAGGAGGGGCCGACGGAGGGGUGAUGAGGCUUGGCUGGACGACUGGGGCUUUGCUCCUCCACCUCCCCCAAAUCUCCCCCACUCCCCUACAGCCCCUCCUCUCCAGCCUGCCCGCCGGCCCAGGGGCAGACCGCGCACCAACCCCCUGCCUGAGAAGGCAGCCCAGGGCAAGGCCAGACCCGCCCCCAGCACUGAGGGAGACGCCCUCAAACACAAGAAACGGUCCCGCUGCCGGAACAGGAAAUACCAGAAUGGGGAGUACAUCACGGGGAAAGACAGGGAUGGAGACGGAGAGGGGGAGGAGAGAUCUGUCACCACCAGGCAGGGCACUCAAUCUGAAUCAGAUUUGACGGCUGCCAUGUACCCACGCCUCAGUGCCACUCUGACCUGCCGUGGCACCAGCCCAGAGCCUGAUCCCAGGAGGCCCUCGUUCACCCGCUCUGGGUCGGUGCGGCGCCCGGAGAGAGAGACCUCCCCAGAGCCCAGCGACAAACCCUCUGGGAAGAGGAAGUUCAAGAGCAAGCACUUGAGUGACACAGAUGAGCCCAAGAAGCAGCUCAAGACCAAACGUUGCAGCUUGGGAAAGCGCCCUGCCUCUGUGGCAACGGAUGAUGACAGCCCCGACGCUAAGAAACCAGCAGGCCUCCAGGCUACCCCUAAGUGCUCGUCCUCCCCUCCAGCCAGUAAGAAGGGGACCUCAGGGAGGGGAGGGGUACUAGAGUCUCCCCCUAGCAGACCUGUUCCUCCAGAGGUUCGCCGGCUCAUUGUCAACAAGAACGCCGGGGAGACUCUGCUACAAAGAGCUGCCCGAUUGGGCUACCUGGACGUGGUGCUCUACUGUCUGGAAAAAGAUGUGCGGGAGGUCAAUCGGCGUGACAACGCAGGUUACACGGCUCUCCACGAGGCGUGCUCUCGAGGCUGGAGCCACAUCGUCCAGGUGCUGCUGAAACACGGGGCCGACGUCAAUUGCAGCGCCCAGGACGGAACACGGCCCAUCCAUGACGCAGUAGCCAGUGAUAACCUACCUGAGCUGUGGAUGCUGCUGAACCACGGGGCUGAUCCCACCCUGGCUACCUACUCCGGACAGACGGCGGUCAAACUGGCCCAGAGCCCCAGCAUGAAGACCUUCCUCAAAGAAUACUUCACAGACCUGGAGGGGAGAAGUGACCAGGACCCCAGUCUGCCAUGGGACUUCUACAGCAGCUCCGUGUUUGAGAAUGGCCAGGAGGCAUGCUGGGACUUCCUGCUCUCUCAGCGGGUGGAGGAGGAGGACGAGGGAAGGAAGGAGAGAGAUUCUGAUAGGGACUGUCUCAUGUUUGAGUUCUCUUCCGAGCCCCUCUUACCCUGUUACCAUGUCCAAGUGUCAUUAACCCAGGGCUUUUGCAAUUGGUUCCUGUUGACGGACGUCCUGAAGCGGCUGAAGAUGUCUUCCCGGAUAUUCCGGGCGCGGUACCCGCACUUGGAGGUGGUGAGCCUGGCGCAAACAGAGAUGUGUAGGCAGGUGUCUGUCAGCCAAGUGAGCACAGCCUCUGCACAGCCUCAGGAAGAGGGAGAGGGGCCAGUGGAGCUGGUCCGCUGUGUCCCGGAGCUCCAGGGACUGCUGGGUUCCUCCAUUCACAUUCUACAGGAAGACGAGGACGAGGAGGAAGGGGACAGGAUGGAUACAGCCACGCCCUGCAGUCGGUAGCCCCCCCUGCUCUCUCACAGCCCCUCACACAUCCCAACUGUUCCCUUACACGUCCUCAGUCUCACCCUAACCUCCCGCAAACAGCAGAUUAAAAUUAACAAUGUUGGGAGGCUGCAGCCGUUGUAAUGGUGGUUGUGGUAUGGUAAUACCAAACAAUGUCUACGCCACAGGAGGCUGGUGGCACCUUAAUUGGGGACUAUGUGCUCGUGAUAAAGGCUGGAGUGGAAUUUGUGGAAUGGUAUCAAAUGCAUCAAACACAUGGUUUACAUGUGUUUAAUGCCAUUCCAUUUGCUCCGUUACCGGCCAUUAUUAUGAGCCGUCCUCCCCUCAGCAGCCUCCACUGGUCUACACCACUGGGAAGAACACACCUCACUAAUGACCUGGGACUUCCACAUUGAGGAGAAAUGGGGGUCAAGGCAGCACCACCUUGAGGAUGGGUGUGGGUGCUCGGUGCUGGAGAGCAGAUUUCAGGUUCCAAUCUAGGUAUUUUUCAGGACCCAAGAAAUAUUCUGGAACAAUCUUUUUUAUGAUUCUGUAUGUAUAUGGUACUAUAUGUAUAUCUUGCCAUCAGAGUGAUCACAUUUGGUAUUAAUGUAUUCGUGUGGCAAGGGAUGGAUUAUGUUUAGGAUUUUAUUUUUUGUGGUUUUGUUCAGUUUGUUUGUUCCUGUAGGAAAUAUAAUAUUUUUGGGUGGGAGAUAAUCCAAGGCUUUUAUCUCGGUGAACUCUUGCGUGCAGCUAAAAGGCUUACAGCCAGGCCAGCUAACAGUGGCAGGAAGGCCCCAGGGCCAGAUGGUUCCUCUGUUAAAAUGGGAGACCCAGAGACCCACAGAGAAGAGAUCACGGACCCACACACACAGACACACAAUCUGCCCAGCCAACAGAACCAUAGAACCACAGUCAUGCAUUUCAACCACACAGCACUCUCAAGUUUGCUAAGUAGAUGACCAUUCGAUUUGUGUUACUUUUCUUUUGUCUUUCAUUUUGCAGUGCACAUGAUUUCACCAAGCAUCUACCUGUAGGCUUAUUACCCUCAGAUCAUGGAUUGAUUUAGUUGAACUUGAGAAUGAAUACUUGUUUACAGAUCUCAACAGAUGGAAAGGUGUCCCUGUAGUUUUAUUCCCUCCUCCUGUUUACCAGAUGAUGGGAGCGGGAAUAGAAGUGCCACAUCGCGUCUGGGGAGACCAGCGUCCUCUGUUCUGACUGCCACUCUUCACUUUGCUGCAUAAGAGUGACUCGCAGGAGGGAUAGGAAAGGUAUUGUUUUACUGCGCCUUGCUAAUCCCUCCUCAUGGGGCUAUGGGCGGACUCCGUUGUGUUAUGUGGCGUGUGUUUUAUUCACACUGUUGUUUGUGCUUAAUUUAAUAGUCAUUCAUAUAUUUGACCUCUUGUGUAUCUGACAAACAAUUUAUGAAAAAUUGCUUUGUAUGGUUGGUGCUUCAUUUGAAAUGUACAAUUCAGGAUCCCUUUAUCCUUCCUGAGAUGUUUCUUUUUCUCCCCUUAUUGCAAACAGUAUUUUAACAAGCAAAAGUACAGUUUUAUUGUACUGGUGCUAAGCUAGAAUUUGUGUUGACAAUCAAUGAAGUUUUUGUUUGAAGUUAAAAACCAAUAAAUUAUAUUUAAUUAAGAUGAAGUGACAGAAAUGUAAAGAAAAAGUAUAGUUUCAUUUCCUAAAAUGAAGAAAGUGGAAUACAUCUAGUCUGGAGAAGAGGACAAUGUACUGCUUGUGUGAGUGCUGUUAAAACAGGUUAACCUUCUAUUCAAUUUUUAUUUUAUUUUUUAAAUCAACCAGAAUAAAGCAUGAUUGUGAAGUAUU